CCCAGGAGUAUUCAGUAGCGCUCUGCAAAAACACAUUGGUAAACAAGAAAGAUGGCGGACAGAGUAGUUGCAAUUAGCUCUGAUAAGCAAUAUCAAGAGGAAUUGAAGAUUGUUUCUGAUCACCAACUUGUUGUUAUUGACUUCUUUGCUACUUGGUGUGGUCCAUGUCACAUGAUUGCACCAAAAUUUACUGAGUUGAGUUCAAAAUAUUUAAAUGUAAAAUUUUUAAAAGUGGAUGUUGAUAAAUGCCAGUUUACUGCAGUUAAAUAUGAUAUCAAAGCAAUGCCAACAUUUAUUUUCAUCAAACAAAACAAGGAAGUUGAUCGCAUCCGUGGAGGUGAUCCUACGAAACUGGAAUCAGCUGUAAUUCAAUGGAUGGGAACUUCAUUUCAACUGGAACCAGAUCCACAGAGAAUAGCAGUGGGACGCAGUUUUCCCGCUUUUUCAGACCUACUAAAAAAUGAGAGGAAAGAAUUUGAUAUUGCGUCGGAUCUUUUGGUUAGAUUUGCAAGCAAUGUCCUAAGAGACCCCCAAAAUUUAAAAUACAGACAGAUCAAACUUACAAAUGAAAUCUUUAUGAAUAAAAUUCUGCCUGUGCUUGGUGCAGUUGAUUGUCUUUUUACAAUGGGCUUUGAAGAGAUGGCAGACAGAUUGCUGUUACCACCAGCGUCAUCCCUUGAAAAUUUGCACGCAUUAAGAGAUGCUUUAGUUGAUGAAAGGAGCAGAAUUGGUACUACAAAUAUUAAGCCAGUGGUUGGCCCGUUCUUAAAUAGUAACAUUACCUCUCCUAGUUGUACAUCUGGACAGGCUUUGAUAUCAGGGCGCAGGAAGUUGAAAUAUCAAGCACAAAUUAAAUCUAACGAAGAAGCCGCUUUCUUCUCCUCCAUUCAAAGCGGUGUAAACAAAGCGUUUUUGUAUGAGGAGGACGAGCUCCAAAAUCUUGCGCGUUCGAAAAUACCUGUAAGCAAGUUAAAAGAAGAAGCUAAUCAGAACAGUCAGGCUACAUCUGAUCUAACUGGAAAAUGCUUAGUCAGCAUGAAUGAUUGUCUGCUUCUGCUUUUACUGCAAUGGUUUAAAAAUGAUUUUUUUACAUGGAUGAACACCCCUGAAUGUAGCGGUUGUCAGGGAGCUACAAAACAUAGCGGAUUGGCAAUUCCCGACGCCGAAGAAUCGAAAUGGGGAGCAGGAAAUGUUGAAUUGUACAAGUGCACUCAAUGUUCGUCGAUGAUGAGAUUUCCAAGAUACAAUCAUCCUCAAAAAUUACUAGAAACACGAACUGGUAGAUGUGGAGAAUGGGCUAACUGUUUUUCUCUUUGUUGUCGGGCUGUUGGUUUUGAAACAAGAUUUGUGCUAGACUGGACCGAUCAUGUUUGGACUGAAGUAUAUUCUGAGGAUCGGAAAAGGUGGUUGCAUUGUGAUCCUUGCGAAAAUUUGUGUGAUAAACCAUUGGUGUAUGAGCAUGGUUGGAAGAAAGAAUUGUCUUACGUCAUAGCCUUCUCUGCAGAACAGGUCGUCGAUGUGACGUGGAGAUAUUCAGGUAAACAUCAAGAAGUGAUUCGAAGACGCAACCUGGUGUCAGAAUCUUGGCUUUUUGGCUUGUGUAAAAAUAUCAAUAAGGAGCUUCAAUACGGGUUAUCAGACGAAUCGAGAAAAAAUUUAACUUCACGAGAUAUUGUAGAAAUGGUGGAAUUCAUAACUCCCAAAAAGGAGUUUUCUAAUGAAGAAGGGCAAGGACGUUUAUCUGGUAGCAUGGCGUGGCGUCAGCUUAGAGGAGAAGUGAAAGAAGGAAACAUUGGUUUAAAUACUGAGAAAUCUCACAAAUUCCAACUAAAUGCAGAAAAUAUAGAGAGAAAAAGCUUUAGGAUCCGCUUUCUUCCUGUGAAGGAUUGUUAUUACACAACGCUUGAUGACCCGUUGGGUGAACCAGUGAUACAAGGGUGGGAGAAUGGCGUGGAAACAUGUGAAAAUAUGUUUAUGAAGCGUGAGAAUGAUUGGAAGAUGGUAUAUCUUGCUCGCAUGGAAAAUACUGAUCACGGUUCUAUCAGUUGGUGCAUCGAUUUAAGUGAUACCGAGUUGGUUGUUCAAAAUGUUGAUGUCAAGGUUACAUCGAAAGUGUAUAAUAGCGGCAAAGCGAUGUUCAGCAUAUGUAGUGGAGACGAGUGCAUCAGAGUGAACAAAAAUGACGGAAGUGCCCGUUUGGAAACCGCGGCUCUGGCUGGUUCAAGAAAGUUGCAUUUAAAUGUGAAUUUAUAUGGAGGAGAAGGUUCGGUUGCGUGGCAACAUGCACAAAUAUUCCGAUGUUCCGAAACUGAUGAAGAUUUUGUGGGUUUGGAUAUGACGGUUACACUUCAAAGUAAGGAGGCAUGAAUACGACUGACAUUUUACAUUAGAUAUAAUAAACUGAAUUUAAAAAUUAUUGAUGUAAUAAUUUUUUUAAAAAAUUAUGUAGUUAUAGGA